AUGUGCGGAGCUGUCGAGGGUGCGCAGGAACUCUCCAGCCAGCUCGGCAGAUAUGCCGGGCGUGUAGUCAAAGUGCGAGAGGAAGGCGAGGUAGUCGCGGAGGGCGCGCUUGGCGUUCUGGCGGACCUGCUCGUGGCCGUGCAUUGGCGCUACAUCUCGUCGUUCCAUGGGCCCUGGCUCCAGCUGCCGCCAGAGGUGCUCGAGUCGCUCGCCCACAGCAACUACCUGUCGCCACGCCCGCACCCCAUUGACCCGGCCGUCUUCUAUGACCUGGUCAAGAUCCGCAAGGCCGUCGACGAGGCCACGACGCUCGCCGUGCGCGCCACCUCGGGCCUGACGUCGGCCGCCCUGAGCAACAGCCUGCAUGGCGCCAACAGCAUGCUGGGCAGUGCCGCUGCGCUGGGCAUAGGCUAUGGCGGCGGCGGCGGCGGCGGCACGUCCAAGCUGAGCAGAGAGCGCAAGCACCGCAUGCGCGAGCUGGCGACGAGCAAGCUGAGCCAGGCCUACCAUCUCGACGAGAUUGCCGCCAGCGUGGCCACGAUGCAGAGCGCGAGCACGCUCGAGGACGUGGCCCAUCUGGUGCUGCAGCGCGAGCCCUCCAACGUCGACGCCAAGUACGUCCACUUCUUCCACGAGAAGAUUCCCAGCCGCAUGAUGGCCCAGUGCACGCCGCUCGACACGCUCAACGACAUCAUUGCCGAGCGUCCCCACGACGGCAGCCCGCUGCGCACGCGCGCCCUGACGCGCAUCUUCAAGGACGACUAUGUCAACUCGGCCAAGGACCUGAGCGAGGCCCUGAGCGCCGCCCGCUACACCGUGGCCCAGCACCGCGCCGCCCGCGACCAGCUCGUGCUGGCCAAGACGCUGCAGGACCACUGUGCCCGCGACUGGCGGCAGCAGGUCAGGAUUGCCGACGACGACCAGCCCAGCUCGCUCGAGUCGCAGCUGCUGUUCCACCGCGCCGGCGUCUACUUCACCAUCGCAUGCAGUCACGUGCACUCCGCCCUCGACGGCCUCGGCGACGCCCAGCAGGCAAAGGCGCGGCGGGCGGCCAUGGUGGCCGAGGGAAAAGAGCCCGAACCGAUGACGCCGCACGAAGCCCACGCCAGCCAUGUCCGCCUCGAAGCCCGCAGCAUUGCGCCCCCCUUUCCCGACAAGACUCACUUGUUGCGGCAGAUGAUGAGCGCAGACGUCGAGGCCUCGGGGGCCGCCGCCGCCGCCGCCUUCUUCCUCGCCGCUGGCCCUGCGUCGCCCGCGGGCGGUGCGCUCUCGCUCUUCUUCUUGCGCGCCAUUGUCUCGCGCGCGCGCGCUCGCUCUCUCUUUCUCUCGUCUCUUGCUGCAGGAGGCGAUGCGGCCUGCGCCCCAACUGCCGACUUGCUGAGUCGUAAAACCUGCGAUGAAACGCUGCAUGCAGCCCAAUCUUAG